AUGACCAUCGGCUCGCUCGAGCUGCUGGCAAGCAUUGAUGCUGGAACAGGCAUCUGUAGCCUUCAUCAUAAUGAAUACCACCCGGAACCAUUCGAGUACCGACCCGAACGGUGGAUCAUCGGUGAGAACGGCUCAACGAAAAAGUCAGUAGCUCGGGAGCGGAGCGCGUUCACCCCGUUUUCGAGUGGUCCUCGCAGUUGUGUAGGCAAGGGGUUCGCAUAUCAUGAACUGACAUUAACAUUAGCUCAUGCCUUGCUUCCGUUUGACUCUCAGCACGUGGAUGGGUCAAAGAAAAAGGAGUUUUCACUGAGAGAUCAUGUCACUGGAGCAAAAACAGGCCUUUCUUUGCGUUUUACUUUACGGCAGCAGCAAUAA